GAUAAUCAGAUGUAGAGCGUGAGGAGAACAAGGAUGACCUGAGGGCUUUGUGGAAUUUCAGCUUUCAUUUUGGAAUUACCAGCUCCUCCAAGGCAGGAGGAGGAGGAAGGUCUGUUCUUCACUCUCUUAUUCAAUCCUGUGAAGAAGAGAAGCAGAAGUCUGACAGGAGGAUUUGGAAUGUUGUGAGGAAUGGAAGCAGCUCAGAGGUGAAAUCUUCACUUUGUGUUUCCUCUAAACAUGUUUCAGUUUCCGUGUUUCGUUUAAAAAUCUGAUGAUGCGGUGAGACGGAGCAGCGUUGGAAGUCAAUGUAGGUCACUGCUCCUAAUCUGCUGCACGUCAUUGUUUCUGAGUCAUCCGAUGGGCGAAGAGACAGCAUUUGGGAUCAGCUGAAGAUGUGACCACAGUUGUGCUGAAGAGGAACUCGGCAAGCUUGGUUUCACCAUCAGAACGCUGCAAAAGCAUUAAACUUUGGUUUACCACACAGCAGCUUCAAAGACUACGAAGCCUGGAAGCAACCUGUGACUCAUCACCCCCGUUAAACUCAAGAUGAAGUUUGGCAGCCGGCUGUGCACCUUGAACGUUGGCGGUCGCAGAUUUUCCUUCCCGGCUGAGCUGGUGAAGCGUCUUCCUCUCAGCAGGCUCAGCCGGCUUCACCGCUGUGGCUCAGAGAGUGAGCUGCUGGAGCUCUGCGAUGACUACGACCAGGACAGAAACGAGUUCUUCUUCGACCGGCACUCGGAGGCCUUCAGCUUCAUCAUGCAGUACGUCCAGCACGGAAAGCUGCGCUUCAUGCCUUACAUGUGUGAACUGUCUUUUUACAACGAGAUGCUGUACUGGGGCCUGGAGAGUUCUGACCUGCAGCCGUGCUGCCAACGCCGCCUGGAUGACCGCAUGUCAGACUGCUACGUCCAUUUCUUCCCUGAGGAGGAGCCACGGCCCCCCCAGGAGCCUCAGAGUCGUUGGCUGGAGAGGACGAGGAAGACAUUUGAGGAGCCCACAUCCUCUCUGCUGGCUCAGAUCCUUGCCUCCGUGUCAGUGCUCUUCGUGAUCAUCUCUAUCGUCAUGCUGUGUGCGAGCACCUUACCAGACUGGAAGUCUCCAGAGACCCUCAACCAGCACAGGUACCAUCAGUCCAGAACCAUCGCAACACAAGCACGUUCACACUGGAUCAUCGAGGCUGUUUGCAUCGGUUGGUUCACAGCUGAAUGUCUCGUCCGAUUCCUUGUGUCUAGUGAUAAAUGUGAAUUUGUUCGUCGCCCUCUGAACAUCAUCGACCUGCUGGCCGUCUUGCCUUACUACGUUUCAGUUUCUGUGACAAUGCUGACAGGGGGAAAUUCCCAGCUGCAGCGAGCCGGCGUUCUACUACGUGUCCUGCGCAUGAUGCGAAUCUUCUGGGUGAUAAAGCUGGCACGUCACUUCCUGGGCCUGCAGACCCUUGGCCUGACCCUACGCCGCUGCUAUCGUGAGAUGGUGAUGCUUCUCAUCUUCAUCUGUGUUGCUAUGGCAAUCUUCAGUGCACUAGCCCAGCUACUAGAGCACGGUUUGGACCUGGAAACUGGAAAUCAAGAUUAUGCCAGCAUCCCUGCUGCCUGCUGGUGGGUCAUCAUCUCUAUGACAACAGUAGGAUAUGGGGACAUGUACCCAGUGACGGUAGCGGGCAGAGUGCUGGGUGGUCUGUGUGUGGUGAGUGGCAUCGUACUCCUAGCACUACCCAUCACCAUCAUCUACCACAGCUUUGUCCAGUGUUACAAUGAGCUGAAGGUGCGCUCUGCUCGCUGUAACUACAGUCCAUCAGCGAAAGUCAUCGACUGAAUUGGAUUCUUCAACUCCUGAGGAGGAGAAGCAACAGCUGACCACAUCUGGUUCUCAUCUACUGUACUAAAGCUGGUUUAGAACUACGUCACCUUUAGCGAUGACAGCAUAAAACGCAUGUCCAUUAGAAGUAGUAAAAUAAUGUCACUGGUAAAAGCUGUGAGUCUGUGGAUUGAACCAGAAUCAGAAUUAUUUUUACUGUCAACGCCCCAGCUUCCUGAAGCAGUCCAGCCUGACCAAGGUUACACGCAGCGACACGUAGAACAAAAACAGAUAGAGGCAGACCACGAGAGCAGCUGUCAACGGGCAGGGGCAUUUCAGAGGUUACCCCAGAGAGAGCUGCAGCCUCAGUGCAUGUGCCUGAUCGCUGUUGUUCACAGGUCGGAGGGAGAUCGAGGGUGUGAAGAGCAUGUUGACUCCUUCAGUUGGUGACCUCACCAGGCUAGACCACCAGUCCAAAGGCCAGGGGUAGGGCAGUUUUUCACAGCAUUCCUUCAUGGAGAAUUUUAUCUUUUGCACCUCUAAGCUGCCAGGGCACAAGAUUCAGAAUUGUUUGGGUCAGGCAGAGACCAUUUUUUCUCUGCCUUUCAGUUAUGUAACUGGUCUUUAGUCUCUCAGUAAAUCCAAUAAUUGGGUAUUUAACUUGCCAGUGCCUUGCAGUGACUUUCUCCAGGAUCACGUCCAUUUUGCACGCUAACACCGGGAUUGCAGCUAGGAUCUCUAGCUUGUGUUUCACCUUGAGCAGUGUCCCAGUCUGAACCGUCUCUACACGGCUGAGACUUUCAGUGGGUGUGAGUGGCACUCCAAUAGCAACCAACUCCCCAGUUUUCCAAAAUACCAGAAAUCCUCCCACUCCAAUCAGAAGAAAUGUAGAGUACAACCCAGGUCGAUAACAGAGCCCAGCAUAGGAACUGGGAGGAAUUUUAAAGAUGCCAGCAAGUUGCUAAUAAGUCCCAGAUGUAUACAAUGGAGCAAAAAAGUAUAUAGUCAGCCACCGAUUGUGCAAGUUCUCCCACUUAAAAUGAUGACAGAGGUCAGUAAUUUUCAUCAUAGGUACAC